AUGCCAAGCAAACAGGCCAGCGACGUGCUCGCCGUCGAGGAGCUCGUCCACGAAAUCAAAGAAAAUCUCCGACUGAAAGCCCGCCCUUCACACAAUCACGGCCGCAACUCGCGGCCCUCGCCAUAUCACAUACCCUGUCGGUCGUGGAGCGACCAAGCCCUCACCGCCAACUCGCCCGCCGUCGACAAAAAAAAGUCCAAUCCCGAGGACGGGAUCGACGAUCCCUACGAACUCCUCCAAGCUCUCCUAAAAAGUAAUAGUUUAGUCAAAGAAGCCGUCCGGCGAUUGCAACUCAACAUUUCGCCCAAACAGAGGUACAACUUCUACGACAGCGACGAGGAUUCAAGGUCGCCGCUGUAUAGGAUGUGUCAGCUGGAAUUGUAA